AUGGCGCGAGGGCAGGCUAAUGGAUUCGUCUCCCAUGCAAAUGGCAGCCAACGAAUCUCACGGACCAUUACAGGGCUGAAGCGAUGGUCCAUCAUCAACAGAGAUUUACCAGCGGUGUCGCAGGUUAAAGCGAUUCAUGUGUACGACUUCGACAACACCUUAUUCCUAAGUCCUUUACCAAACCCGCAAAUAUGGAACGGUCCGACGAUAGGAUUCCUACAGAGCUACGAAAGUUUCGCAAAUGGAGGAUGGUGGCACGACUCAGCAUUGCUCGCAGCUACAGGGCAAGGCAUGGCAAAGGAGGAACCGCAAGCCUGGGACGGCUGGUGGAACGAGCAGAUUGUCCGGCUGGUCAAGCUGAGUAUGGAGCAGAAGGACGCCCUCACGGUGCUUCUGACUGGCCGCAGUGAGAGUGGCUUCGCCGAUAUCAUCCGCCGCAUGGUCGACAGUAAAAUGCUCGAAUUUGACCUUAUCUGCCUAAAGCCAGAAGUGGGACCCAAUAGCGAACGGUUCUCAACGACCAUGGAGUUUAAACAGACAUUCCUCCAAGAUCUCGUUCUCACUUACGAGCAGGCCGACGAGAUCCGAGUCUAUGAAGAUCGCGUGAAGCAUGUCAAGGGCUUUCGGGAUUUCUUUGAAGACCUCAACCGGUCGUUACAGAUUGCGCCAAUUCCACGGAAACCGAUCAACGCUGAAGUGAUCCAGGUAGCUGAGGGAUGCACGUUCCUCUCCCCUGUAACCGAGGCUGCCGAAGUGCAACGUAUGAUCAAUUCUCACAACCAAGCCACGCGCAAUCCUUUGCUCAAUCUGACCAAAUCGCCAUAUGGUCGGUUGCGUAUCAAGCGUACCAUCUUCUACACUGGAUACCUCAUAUCCAACGCCGAUUCGAGUAGGCUGAUUAGUCAACUACUAACCCCAACACUGCCCGCUGGGCUUGCUGAUUCCAAUGAUCUGAAAUACAUGGCUAACAGUAUUCUUAUCACCCCUCGCCCUGCCCCGCGAUCGAUCCUGAACAAGGUUGGCGGCAUUGGUAAGAAGCUCACGUGGCAGGUCACCGGAAUUGCUGCCUUUGAGAACAAGGUGUGGGCUGCUCGAGUGACGCCUGUCCCUGCGACAGAGAAAUACUACACAGAAAACCCGCUGCCUGUGAUCGUACUAGCCGUGCGCAAAGGCGCUCGUCCUAUUGAUGCGGGCAAGAUUCAGAAUUGGCAUCCUGUCCCAGCCGAUAAGGCUUUGACCUUUGAGACCGUUGUUGGAGAAAAGGUUGUCCUGCGUGUUGAGGAGGAGAACCCUCACGAGGGCGAAUGGGAGAGCCAGUUCAUGAAUAAAAACCACAAGAGACGCCAUCAGCAGGAGCGUGACCAGGACAUCCUGUAUCCGCAAUCUAGCCAGAAUGAUGGCGCGCCCUCUCAGCCAAGACCCCAACCCUACCACAACCCGCGCCAUGGGGGUAACAACCGUCAUCAUGAUGACGGACCCCGUCGUGGUGGCUCAUACCGUGGAGGUCGCGGCCGAGGUUCAGCUGCGCGUGGCAAGGGCCACUCCGGCCGUGGAGGAGGGCGUGGCAGAGGCCGUGGACGGGAUCCUGGUCCUCCUGGCGGCUAUAGAUCCCUCGACGACUAUGGUGGUGGAUAUGAUGGUGGCUAUGAAGAGAAACCCGGACCAGGUGGUGCUGCGCCUGUGAUGAAUUAUUAG